AUGAGCUUCUGCUAUUAUACAAAUAAUUGUUGUUGUCAUAAGUGUUAUAAUUAUUGUAAGUGUCAUAUUGUAGGUCAUUGGCUACCUAACUUUAAUCAAAUAUAUCAAAUAAAAAAUCCAUGUAUUUCUGAAUUUACUGAUGAAGUAAAAUUUCAAGACAAUAAAACUAUUUGUAAUAAUUGUACUUGUGAUCCAAAAAAACAGCAUCUAAAUAUUUGUUUUAGUCCUUGUAUAGAUUCUGGUAAUUUUGAACACUAUAAUCAGCAUCAUUGCAAUAGUUGUAUACAUUAUCAGUGUGAAAAUAUUGAAAAUAAGAAUAAUAAUGAAUAUAAAGCUCAUUAUUUAGCAAAUAAUUCAGAUACUUUAAAUCUUAAUUUUAAUGGUAAAUUACCUAAUAGUUUAUCUAUAUCUGUUGACUCAAAGGGAAUUGUGACAUUAGGAGUUAGUAAUAAUAUAGAAGAUAAUAAUAAAGAUUAG